UUUUUGCCUAACACUAGAGCGCCGAUGUGUAGCUCAAAGAUGGCAGAUUCAAAGCUAGAUUACAAUUACAAAUUACAAAAACGCUACAACAGAGGUAUGAGGUAUGCCCCAGUGAGAGACCUGAGAAGUAGCUGGCAUGAAUACGUACGCUGAGUCCUACUUACGUCGCCGCCGUCUUAAAAGUGGAAGUGGAGAGAACGUGCUGCGUGGACUGCUUUAAACCGUCUUACAGUACAAAGUGGACCCGCUGCCUAUUCUUUUCAAAGCAGGGGAAUGCCUUUCGUAAUCCGGCGAUAGCCUGAACGGGCCAGACGGCAGCAGGAUGAGUUCAGAGGAGCACAACUCAGCCAUGUCACAGAAGAUCCCCUCCUUAUCGAGGAGCAACAGCAGCUCCUCGUCUAAGCAAGACAGCCGACAGGAUAGCUGGGAAAUAGUGGAGGGUCUGCGUGUGGGGGUCAGUAAUGUCCUGGAACCACAGAAACAGGAGAGCUACAUGCUGAAGAGGAGGAAGUGGCCCAUGAAGGGUUGGCACAAGAGAUACUUCUCCCUGGACAAGGGGAUCCUUAAAUAUGGCAAGAGCAGCGCUGAUAUUGAGAAGGGGAAACUGCAUGGCUGCAUUGACGUGGGUCUCUCCGUCAUGGCCAUUAAGAAGAAAUCCAAGUGUAUUGAUCUUGACGCCGAGGAGAAUAUCUAUCACCUGAAGAUUAAGUCACAGGAGCUGUUUGACGAAUGGGUUUCCAAGCUGCGCCACCAUCGGCUCUACCGACAGAAUGAGAUUGCCAUGUGCGCCAACGAGAAAUCCUUCUUCUACCCCAUGUACCCCUCCCCCAACUCCCCUGGCAUAGCUGAGGGACCCUCCUUGAGGAAGGUCAUGUCUAUACGGAGACAGUCGUCGGUGCAUCCUGCAUCAGGAUUCCCUUUGAGCUCCAACAGCCAGGCGAAGGUAGCUGCCUGGCUCCAGUCAUCAGAUGACAUGGACAAAUGCUCUAAAGACUUAGCAGUGUGUGAGUCCUACCUGCAGGAGCUGAACCACCUGAUACAGAGCAUGGAAGUCCUCCAACGCACUUAUUCUGCUCCGUCUUUUCAAGCACUACAGACAUCCCCAUUGGACAGUCCCAAAAAAGAAAAGAGACUUCAAAGAAAAUGGCGCAAUAAAAACGACAGUAAAGAAGUCAAAACCACUCUGCAGGUACCCAGCAGCACCUCCUCUGGCUCGAUCCGCCUUCACGCCUCCAACCCCAAUCUCUCCACUGCCACACUCGGAAGCGACAAAGUCGACACCGUCUCCCUGGAUUCGCAGUCCGACGCAGCAAAGCUGCAGGAGGACUUCUGCCGCGUUGCCUCCAACUUGCACACAUCCAUGAAAUCCGUACUGAGCUCGCUCACAUCAGAGAGGGAGAGACUGAAGCAGUGUCUGGAUCACGACUCAUACCCCCCAACCUCACCCCAAGUCGUCAGUCUGAAGAACACCCUGGCAGCGGCUUUAGCGCAGAACUCUGAGCUGAGAGAGCGCCUGAACAAGAUUCAUGCCGAGUCCCAGAUCGUAGAGCCCUCACUAAUAAAUCUCCCUGCCCCUGUGCAGAGGAAGGACUCAGCAGAAGACCCUCAUCCUCUUGUGCACCAGGUUUCCAAUGAGAGCAGAACUUCAGUUGGAGAGUCUUUGUCAGAGUUCUUUGAUGCACUAGAGGUUCUCUUGUCGGCUAGCUCCUCUGAAAAUGAGGCAUCAGACGAUGACUCAUACAUCAGUGACAUUAGUGACAACAUUUCGAUGGACAGAUUCUGCAACGAGACAGGGGGUGAAAGACCCAACUCAGGUUCUGUGGAAGAAGGCUCUGUCCUUUAUACACGUAGAUCCUGUCUGCCCACGCCCAGCCCUACCAACAGCACAAUCAGCAUGUGGAACAUCCUGAGAAACAACAUAGGUAAAGAUUUAUCCAAGGUGGCGAUGCCUGUGCAUCUUAACGAGCCCCUCAACGCCCUGCAGAGACUCUGUGAGGAGCUGGAGAACAGCGAGCUGCUGGACAGAGCUGCUAUCACACAGGACCCCUUUGAACGAAUGAUUUAUAUCGCCACAUUUGUUGUGUCGGGAUACGCUUCCAGCUUCUACAGGACUGGAGGAAAACCUUUCAAUCCUGUUCUGGGAGAGACGUACGAAUGCGACCGUCCAGACAAAGGCUUUCGGUUUGUCAGUGAGCAGGUUAGCCAUCACCCGCCUAUUUCAGCUUGCCAUGCAGAAUCUAAAAACUUUGUCUUCUGGCAAGAUGUGAGGUGUAAGAACAAAUUCUGGGGAAAAUCGAUGGAGAUUGUUCCUGUGGGUACCACUCAUGUCAUGCUGCCAAGAUUUGAGGAUCACUAUGAAUGGAACAAAGUGACAUCCUGCAUCCACAACAUUCUCAGUGGUCAGCGCUGGAUCGAGCACUAUGGGGAGGUCUCAAUCAGAAACUCCAACAGCAACAUUUGCCAAUGCAAGAUCACUUUUAUCAAGGCCAGAUACUGGAACUCGAGCGUAAAUGAGGUGGAGGGGACCAUUACGGAUGUCAAAGGAAAGGUCGUCCACAGACUGUUUGGGAAGUGGCACGAAGCGGUUUACUGCGGAGACCCGCCGUCGGCUACCUGCAUCUGGAGGGCAAGCCCGAUGCCAAUGAACUAUGAGCAGUACUACGGCUUUACAAAGUUUGCAAUUGAGCUAAAUGAGCUGGAGCCCUCUUUGAAACAGCUGCUGCCCCCUACGGACACCAGACUACGAGUGGACCAGAGACUGCUGGAGGAGGGGAACUUGGAAGCAGCAGAAGAACAAAAGCUGAGGAUUGAACAGCUGCAGAGAGACAGACGGAGAGUCCUGGAGGAGAACCAUGUGUCACAUCAGCCUAAAUUCUUCAGGAAGUCAAUGGAGGACGCCUGGGUCAGCAACAACACUUACUGGGAGCUGAGGAGGGACCCCGGCUUCUCCCACAUCGAGUUUCCAACACUGUGGUGACCUGAGCACACACGGUUUCUACCCACACAGCCUCCACUGUGAUCCAGGCUGGUUCUGGCGAUGUCUGUAGCCCACUCCUACCCGUCCACACGCCGUUUUCUAUAGCGCAGUCCAUUCAAAUUAUUGCCUUAAUAACAAGUGCUUAUCUGUGUUGCGUAAAUCUGUUCAUGGAAGCAUUGUGAGGGGGCGGGGGGGAAUGUUGAUGUCGAAACUUUCGCCCACAUUUCUGCAUCUUUUGUGUUAAGGAUUCUCAGAAAAUGGAAGCAGCUUGGUAAAAAAAAAAUCAAUGAAAAGAAAAUGCCGUUGUUUCCAUAAUUCCAGCUUGAAAAUGCUGAAUUACUUAGUCACUUAAAGCUUGUGUCUUAUAAUGGACAUUCUCUACCUCGGAGAAAAACGAGCCUUGAUAUUUCAGUGAUUGUGUGCACACAUGUUUAUUCGCCUAAUGCCUUACUAGUUGUACUUCUGCUGUUUUUUUAUUUUAUUUAAUUUUUGCAUUUGCAUUGCUGUUUUGUAAGAAUAUGCAACAACUGUUGAAAUGAUCUUUAUAUUCUCACUGUGCUGAGGGUAUCUUCAUGUCUCAUAAAGUAAUUACUUUUCAGCUAUUACUCUGUGAACGACUGUACAAUAUUAUAUGAGCAUCGGUAGCAAACAUUAAUUCCAGUCACUUGUUCCCACAUUAUCCAUUGCACCAUCUUGACACUGGGUUUGGAGUAAAAAUAAUGUCCAAAUCAAUGUUCAUGAUAGGGUAAUAAAUUAUUAUUCUUUCCUGUUA